AAUGAAUCCUUCAAAGUGAUGUGUUGUUUACCAAUGUCUUUAUAAGUUGCUGCACCAAAACCCAUUUCUCUAUCGUUCUGUUGCAAAGCAGAACAGGAACAUCACAUUCAUUCCCAGCACAUCAACUUAAGAGGUUAUGGCUCUGAGCGGACCUCUGACUUUGGGGCUCUGUGUCUUCUCCCUGCUGGUUCUGCCAGGCCAGAUGGAGAAGUGUGAAUGCCAGGGUCCUAGAGGAAUGCCUGGGUUUCCUGGUUCUCCUGGCCCUCGUGGGCCUGCUGGGCUUUCUGGAGGCAUGCCUGGACUUCCUGGUCCACCUGGAGAGAGAGGGCCACCUGGACCUCCUGAACUCUCUGGAGUUCCUUGUUUAGUUGGUGAAGAUGAACGAGUCCCAGGUCCACCUGGUCCACCUGGACCCCCGGGCCCUGCAGGAGCUACUGACUUAGACCUGGAACCCCUACAAGAAAGCUUGGUCAAACUGGAGCUGGCCAUAAACUAUGACUUCACCAGAAGAGUUGACAAGAAGUACUUUGUGUCACACAAGAGACCGGGUUCCUUUGCCGAUGCUGUUCGGUUCUGUACCAAGAGGGGCUUGGUGUUGGCUUUGCCCAAGAACCGGGAGGAAAACACUGCUCUCACUCAGGUCUUUGAAGGGGCUUUGAAGAAUGCAUGGCUCAAUGUGGACAACAGGAAAGAGGGGAAGUUUCAGGUAGAUCUGCAAGGCCAUCCCCUCACCUUUUCCAAAUGGGCAGAUGGGGAACCAAAAGUGCCUGAUGGGGAUAGGGGCUGUACAAUGUUGACAGAGUCAGGUGCAUGGCAGGUGACAUAUGAUUGCUCCUUCAAUGCCUAUAUCGUGUGUGAGAUAUAGGGACAUGUCUAUGAAAAGCUGUUUCAGAGUUUACCAUGAAAGCUUUCUUCACUUCAAUUACGAUUCUCUAGGUCUUGUCUCUAGGUCUUGUCUCUAGGUCUUGUCUCUAGGUCUUGUCUCUAGGUCUUGUCUCUAGGUCUUGUCUCUAGGUCUUGUCUCUAGGUCUUGUCUCUAGGUCUUGUCUCUAGGUC